UCUUACUUCCGUCGCAUCGGUCGGCUUCGUCAAUUCAGUUUCAGUUGUUGUUCUAUCGUGCCGUCUCGUGGUGAAAAAAUGUCGAUCCAUUAUUAUUUCUUAAAAUGAUUAAAAUUUUAAAAUAAUAUAAUAUUUAAAAUAAAUAUAAAUAAACAAAUUUAUUACUAUAAAAUAAAUUUUGAAAAUUAUGUUUAAGAAACGAAUGAUUCGACCGUCGUCGUCGACUUCUUCAGCGCGACGACACAAUGACCAGCUCCCAUUUUUGGCACAGAAACGUUUUAGUGCAUUGCCUCGAUUCAGAGCUAUUCAUAAGGAAGAGCCUGGCCUAAGUUUAUUAGUUGCUGUGUCAUAUGUCAUUGAUUUGUUUGGUGUAUUCCCAUUGGUGACAUUACCUGGUCUAUUGAUUCCAUUGGGACUAUUUGCUAUACCUUUGGUGGUGGUUAUUGUUGGAUUACAAAUUUAUACGUCAAAUUUGCUGGGAAAAUGUUGGAUUAUGGCUGAAAUGUUGGACUCAACUAUAGCACAAAAGAGCAGAUAUCCUUAUGCUGCAAUCAGUGAUUUGGCAUAUGGCAAGCACGUCAGUUUAAUGGUGACAAUUUUAUUGGACUUGAGUAUUUUUGCGACUGGAAUACCAAAUUUGGUAGUGGCUUCGCAAAAUCUUCAACUUAUAGGACAUCGUAUAUCUGAUGGUCAUUUUAAUAUAUCCUUUUGCUUUUGGCUGAUUAUAUUGGGAAUAUUAAUUUGUCCGCUUAUGUGGUUGGAAAGUCCGAAGAAUAUGAGGGGACUAGUUAUGUUCUCAAUUUGUGUGGUGGCAAGCGUAGUAGUGCUGUUAUGGUAUUGCCUUAUCAAAGCAGAAGGAGGACGAACACCAUUUCAAGGAAUGUCAUUCGAGAUUCCGAGCUUUGCUAGUUUCUUUAAUGGCUUCAAUGUGCUGGCAUUCCAAUUUGAUAUCCACACAAUGAUCCUGACAAUACAAAUGGAUAUGAAGGAUAAGAGCCAAAUUAAGUGGGCUUCGCUAAUUGGAAUUUUGUGCUCGUGCGGCUUAGGUCUGAUUGGAACUAUUAUAGGUGCCUACAAAUUUGGUUCAAUGAUAAUGCCAAAUAUUCUAGAAAUGAUUCCCAGAAGUCUCCCACUUUAUGCUGCCAUUCUAUUGAUAUCACUGCAGCUGUGUUUAACGUGCGUUGUUGGAAGUUCAGCAUUAUUUCUGCAUGUCGAAAACUUUUUUCGCAUUCCUGAAAGUUUUUCAAUGAAACGAGUUCUAAUACGUUCAUCCUUAAUUGGAUUUGAAGUUCUCUUGGGAGAAUUUGUUCCUAAAUUUGAUGUAAUUGUUGGAAUUAUUGGAGGAACUAUUAUCGCUCCGCUGAUGUUCAUUCUUCCGCCACUGCUUUAUAGUAAAAUUCAAGAAAUGGAAAGAAUGCGACACCGUUUCAUAACACAAGCCGCUUACGGAAGUCUUCCAAUCGACCUAAACUACGAGAGCAUUGAUAUGACAUGUUCAAAUGAAAGAAACACUCUCUGGACUUCUAUGUGUCAAACCUGCAAACAAAUUUGUAAAUAUUCACCUUGCGAAUUGUCAAUUCCAUCAGCUGUUGUGGCUUUUGGUGUCUUGGCUUUUGGAUGUUCGACAUUCUUAAACUUUCUAAGAAUUUCUGAACUAUUUCAAAAUAACUCACCAUGUUUUGGUAAUAUUACUAAGUCGUUGUCAAAUCUUUAAUAAUAAUUUAUUAAGUUUAUUAUAUAUUAUAUUAUAUAGUAUAAAUAUUUUUCUUUUUGUUAAAACUAGUACAUUUACUUGACAUCUAAUAAUUAAGACUGACGUCCUUUUUUUAUCUAUUAAUCUGUAAUAAAUGACCUAAGAACCAGUCUUUUGAACCAUUUUUCUAACCAAA